GAAGAUAACGCGCCUUUCGUCUUCGACCAGGACAUGUCCAAGUAUCCGGCAUCAAUGACAAGUUCGAUCCGAGAGCACGUCUACGAGGGCGGGGUCCGCUACCACGCCUACAAAUCGGGAAAGUAUGCGCUGCCGAACGACGAGGUGGAGCAGGAGCGCGACGACAUGAAGCAUGCCAUGUGCUUAUUGCUGACCCAGGGCGCAUACUUUUAUGCGCCCGUUGGCCCGGUGUUGGAGGCUGGUGGCGAGGUGCUCGAUUUAGGUACUGGGACGGGAAUAUGGCCCAUUGAGCUUGGCGAUAAAUAUCCAAACACGACAUUUACCGGCAUCGACCUUUCACCAAUACAACCAAACUUCGUCCCCGAAAACGUCCACUUUUUCGUCGACGAUUUUGAGGAAGAAUGGGUAGAUCCCGAGAACAAGUACGACUUCAUUCAUAUACGGCACACAUUAUGGGCGAUUCGGGAUUUGAAGACUCUCCUAGGGAGAGUCAUGCGUCAUCUCAAACCAGGGGGCUAUGUGGAAUUCCAGGAGCUUUGCUUCAAUCUCAGGAGUGACGACGACUCACUUACACCGGAAACACCAUAUGCAUUCCGAGAUUACAUCAAUUACAUGGGAGCCGGAAUGCGCAUGUAUGGCGGAGACAUCUACGCCAUCCGCAACCUGCCAGAUGUAUUGAAAGAAGCUGGAUUCGAAGAAGUCCAGGAAAGAACACACAAAUGCCCCAUUGGCUUGUGGCCCCAGGAUAAGCGGCUUCGGCUCUGCGGCUUGUUCUUGCGAACAGCCAUUAUGGAUGGCAUAAGAGGCUUCAGCCGUCGGCCGCUCACGGCACUGGGCUGGACCGAGCUGCAGAUUGAGAUGUUUCUGGUGGAUGUGAGGAAGGCCCUCAUGAAUUCGGAUAUCCACACAUACUUUACCUUCCAUCUGGUCCAUGGACGGAAACCACUG